UCGGCUGGCGGAAAGAAUGAAAAUUCGUAUACGUGCUGCUGGUCUUUGUAAUACUUGCAAAGAUGCACAUCCGUGAAAUCGCGCGGGUGGCAUCUCAUUGUCAGUGGUACUUUAGAUGCGUAAAGUAAAAGAGAGAAAUCGUUGUACCUCUUCUAUAAUUAUUAUUUUAAUUAAAUUCCGACAAGAAUUUCAUUUCGCGCGCCAACAUGAAAAGUAUCAAUAACAAUUUUCGGAAACAUCGAGGGAAAAUAAGCGAUUUGAGAGACGGAGUGCGUAUUCGAGUUUAUCGAUCGAAGCAUCAAUGAGUUCGAUCUAUGAUAUACUGUAACCGAAACCGUGACAGAUCGAGAGAGCCUAAUAAGUGUGUCGCUAACCAGGAGAGAUCUAGAUCGAUACGUGAGGCUUCGCAAACGCAGUGUCGCGCAAAAUCGCAGACAUGGACUGUUGCAAUUAUAUCGAGGCUUACGCGGCAGGUGGUCAUUUUUAUCAGCAGCAGCAGCAGCAACAGCAACAGCAACAACAGCAGCAGCAGCAGCAGCAGCAGCAGUACUUUUGUUACGACAAUGGUAGCGUGGCGUACCCCGGCUAUGACGCCGCACCAAUCUCUAACGCGAUGGACAUUAAUGCUCGAUACAACGGAGCGUUACCACCCACGUAUCCGACAGAUUAUGUGUAUAAUCCGAAGGAGGCGAGGCUACGGAAAGCGAUGCGCGAGCAGACUCGCGAGCUGUCACGGCGGUCGAUCUUGCAAAGCGCGAUCGCGACCGCAAACGCGCGCACAGCCGCGAUUGGUGGCGCUAAUUCCGUAGUUCCCGCAUCAAUGGCCGGCGACUUCCUAAAUCAACAUCAUCGUUUCGAAUGCGCGUCGAUACCCAUGGGCCCAAACGUGAGUCCUCAUCAGGCGGCCGAGCCCUGGUUCCAGGCCGCGCAUCGCCUGAAACCCGCGCACUCGCCACGAAUCGGCGAUUGGUAUGGGAAUAUAUGCGGCGACCCGAUCGAGAGGCUGCAAGCAAUGGGCGCGAUGCAGCAGCAUCAGCAGCGGCAGCAACAACAACGCAACCUCGAGAAGCCUAUCAAGGACCAAAGGAAUCAGACAUCGGAAUGCGCCACGGCGGCAUUUUCCUCCAACGGCUAUUCACCGGAUAUCACGGCCGCGGAGAGAGAUAUCCGCAGACCAGAAUCCGCGGAAUACGCCGAUUUUGUCGACGGCCAGAAGUGGCAUCCUUAUCAAAACAGCGCGAGUCCUCAUCCACUUCCGAGAACGCCUCAUUCAUCACCGCAAAUGGGUAGCAUUCUUCACCCAGAUGUCCAGAAUACAAACGCGCAUGGACAUGGUCCAUGGGGCCAAUUUUGUCACGGUAUUUUACCACCCCGCAACGCGACGAUUCGAGGUCCGCGACAUGCAGUUUUCUUACGGGAUCGUACACCAACUAGACACUGUGCAUUCUUGGAGGACGCAUCGCAAAUGAAUUAUUCGCCGAACAAAUUGAACAUUGAUAGCAUUCGGGCGUCUUAUCCGCCGUCGGAGCAUCAGGUAUUCGAUAUACACAUGCCAAGAUUGCUAGGAUCAGCGGUGGAUUCCGUCAUAGACUCGACGACGACGACGACGACUACGACCAUGAAUCGACGCGAGGAAGAUGGUCGGACCAGAUGGGAGCCAAAUAAUACUAGGAUGUCUCUGAACGAACUCGUGCCAACCUCUACGCCACAGGAAGGUGCGAUUUCUCGCGAAAAGGAGCAGGAAUCUCGGCAUUCGAGCGAGCGAUUCGAGCUGAAGAAGAAACCCGUCUCGAAGCAGCCGCUUCCAGGCUUCCACCAGGCCUUUGGCUCCACGGAGAUCGGCAAGUUCUCCAGGUCCGAAUUCUUCGUCAAUAUGGUAGGCGAGAGCGGCAGCGGUAGUGGUGUUACAUCGGACGACGGCGACGGCAUCGAUGGCGGUGACGAUGGCGAAGUAAGUAGGGAACAUUCCGUGUCGGAAACAAUAGAAAAUACUGCCACGACGGCGCCGACGGCUGCGACCGCAGCGGCCGCGACAGCCACGACCGCAGCUACUGCGGCCGCGGCGGCGGCGGCUAUCGCGACUACCACCACGACCGGCUCCUGCAGGAUUUUCGAUACCGAGGAUAGUCAGACCGCAUUCGCUGUCGGCGAUGACACCGUCGGCACGCCGUCGUCGAUCGGCAGCACGUACUGCGGACAACCAGCGACGCCGCGCUGGCACAGUCCACACGUAGGUGCUAUAGGUAGCGAAAUUUAAAUGAGAUCGGCUGCGGUAUCGCGUACUGUACAUUUCUCGCUGAUUACUCGCGCAUCGAGAAGUAUCAAGAGACAAUUCAUGUUUUUGGGAGCAAACAUUUACAGAAUUUUCUAUUUUUACAUUAUUUUGGGAAUAAAAUUGGAGAAAUGAAAGAGAAUCAAAAUUUAUCACUUUGCGAUCGCACAAACGACGAUUUUUAAAAAAUAAUUGUGGUACUGACAAAUAUCGUUGGUACGGUACAGAUUACCGCUGCGGGUCGAUUUCAAUAAGACGUUAUCCUCGUCUUUUUUUUAGGCUAAAGCGAUUCCCGUAGCUUUCUGGUGCGUGACAGUUUUUGCGAUGAAAUUAAGUGGCGAUGUAUUGUAUUUCCAAUAGAAACACACGUGUUUCCGGUGUAACGUUGGUAGUGUUGAUGUGUAGCGAAUUUUGAUGACAAAACAACUGUCCAUACUUUAUGUGUUAUACAUAUAUGCCAAUAGGAGACUUAUCCGAGAAAUUGAAACCGCUAUAAUUUCAAUGCAUUUGAAUUUAACCACCGAGGUGAUUUCUAUUAUACGUUAUUUAUUUGUGAUAAUGAAAUUAGCGAGAUCUUUAAUAUCUCUAGCGUCAGAAAUUGAACUCGAAAUCGGGUCGGUUUCAACCCUUGGAUUUGUCUCCAUAAUGAAACCUUUGUCGGGACCUACAGCGUCCGCGUCGCCUGGAAAGUAAAAGCGGGACAAAACGCGCGUCAUGCGUAGCGAAUGCAAGUGCAUCGAUUGGCGAAAGCUGUCGGGGAUCGAUAUUGGCGUACGAAACGUCCCGACAAACUGCGAACGUUCGUCGAGAUUGUGCCUUCCAGAGGAUCGGGGAUGCGUCGGGGAAUUCUCGUCGAGUUCUCUCGCCUUAUCGAAAAUCAAAGCAGCACGAUACACCGCGUCUCGUAUGCCAAAAGGAAGAUAUAAUCAAAAGAAAUCACGCCGAGACGAUUCGUACUCAAUCGGCACCUUCCAUCACUGUUGUUAGAUGCCGUCGGCGAUAUACACGUCGGCGAAAUUAUACAUAUAAAUAUAAAUAAAUAAAUAAAUAUAUAUAUAUAUAUUAUAAUCGUGUGUAAUAAGGAAUGAAAACGCGCGACGAAGAGAGUAAGAUUAUUUAGUAGAUUCUUUAGGUCAGAACGUAUUGCCGCGCGGAGAAACGAUCAAAUAAAAGUGAAGUACGCCUGCGAGCGUAGGAAGCCGAGAAGCCGACAGGUAAACGCUCUUCCGCUUCUGGAAAAUAAUUGCGAAGGGGCAUGCACGGUGGUUCGUAUUAAGAAUCUGGCAUCUGAAACAUUUCUUCCCAAAUUUUUCUCUUCUUUGAUCAAUCUAAAAUAUUAAU